AUGUCCGACAUCCCAUCGUUACACGAGCUCGAGGCUGCGGCUCGUGACAUCGUCCGCAAGGCUAAGAAGGAGGGCAGGCUGCAGUGCGCUUACUCUGUCUAUGGAUGGCCCGACAUCACUGACAUGUCCCGCUCUCACAGUGAGGUUACGCCCAGUAGCGUACGACGCGAGAUUGAGAAGCAGUUCGACCUCGAACGGGAAGUCCUCGAUGAUGACGAGUACAAGAAGCCAUUGAAGAAGGUCACGAGGGAUACUGCUAAGGAAGAUGACGAUGAGGAAGAGGAAGAGGCCGCGCCUUCGCCCAAAUCCAAGCCUGUGUCCAGAUCUAAAAGCACGUCCAAACCCAAGUCUGACGCGAACAAGAGCCGAGGCAAGAAGCGCAAGUCGGAGGAGGCUGCUCUGUCCAUGGGCGAGGAGGAGGAAGAGGAGGAGGCGAAGCCACGCUCCAAGAGUGCGCGCAAGUUCAAGUCGAGGGACAUCAUCGUCGACUCUGACGCGGAAGACGCGCCUGCGGAUGCUGGCGACGACGACGAGUCCACGAAGGAGAAUGGCACGAAGAAGGACAUCAAGCCCAGCAAGAAGCGCAAGUCGACCUCAGGCACGCAAGCGAAACCACCUAAGACCGCGAAGGUCGAGCGUUCGCCCUCAGAAGAACCCGAAGAAUCGGCGAUAAAAGAGGCGGACGACGUACAUAACUUAUUUCUGGCACUUCCAAACCCGACCCUCACGCUUGACCUGCAGAAGAGCGACUCGGAACUGUCAGUCCUGAUUGACGAGCCCCCGAAGCGCAAACGCAAGUCGAGCACGAAAGACAAGGGCAAGGGUACGAAAGAGAAGGCGAAGACCAGGUCAAGGAAAUCUGGGCCCGAGCUUAGCAAGGAUGAGGAGACGAUUAAGCGGCUGAAGUCCUUCGUCGUCGCCUGUGGCGUCCGCAAAGUCUGGUCCAAGUUCUUCAAGGCCGAAAACGCGGACCGGCCCUCGGACCAAAUCCGCGCCUUGCGCAAGCUGCUCGCCGACCUCGGGAUGACCGGUCGGCUGAGCUUGGAGCAGGCGAAAGCGAUCAGGGAGAAGAGGGAGUUGGAGCAGGAGUUAGAGGACGUCCAGCAAUUCGCCGCCAAGAUGACCGGACGCGCGUCUCGGUCGGCGACCAAGAAUGCGAAGGCGGCGAAGGGGGAGUCGUCGGACGAGGAGAUGGGAGGCAGCGAUGACGAGAAGAUCAUCAGCGACGAGGAGGCGGUGCCGAAGAGGCGUACAGCGGCGCGCAGUAUUAUGGCUUUCCUGGCUGAUCAAAGUGACGACGAGUGA